UUUCCUCAUACCGUACGUUGUCAUGUUAAUAAUCUGCGGGACUCCAUUGUAUUUUCUGGAAUAUUCCAUUGGGACAUUUGCCGGCCGAGGACCAUAUAAAAUAUGGGAUAUCAGCCCUGUGUUUAGAGGUGUUGGAGUCAAGGUAUCUGUGGGAUAUGGUGUCUACAUGGUUGGCGCGAGCAUAUUCCGGUGUUGGAUUGGACAGUGUAUUCUCUACGCCUUCCGGGAUCCAAUACCAUGGAGUCAUUGUGACAAUGACUGGAACACACCUUUUUGUAAAAGUAAUCGAAUUUUGGUUUCAAGGAACAGCAACGCUUUAGUACUUGUUGAUUUACAAAAUGGCAGCGAUACUGACGCCAACAUGACGUCUUCUGCAUGGGCAGGUGGACCAAAAACAGACGUUUCUGUACAUCAUAAUGUAACCGGAACAGAAAUGUCUGCUGCUGAAGAGUUUUGGCAGUGAGUUUAGAAUUGCGCUUUACAGUAGAUGUAUAAUGGUAUUUUAGCUACUAAAACUAAGAAAAUUUGUAUUUGCGUAUUUACGCAAUUAAAAUUGCAUUAAACCCAAUUGAAUUCAUAAAGUGUACGUACUGAAACGCAAGUAAAAUUCCUAAUACUCAAUUCAUAAAAAAUCGCUUGCGUAUCGCAUUUUCCUUAUUACUAGAACGGUAUUGUAAACAACGUUUGAUCUUUCCACACUUUUCAAACAUUAUAAGAUUUUUUAUAUAAGCUUCUUUGUAUAUAGAUUGAAACUCGUUUAAAUUCUACAUAAAUCUCUUUUUCUAGUACUGUAGGUUGUCUCGUUCAUGCCAUGUUUUGCUGUCGUGUUGGAGCUCCCGCACGACCAGGCAAAACGAGCCGAAAUAUAAAGUCUCGUUCAAAGCGCAAAUCUGUCUAUUUUUAUAUGAAUUGAAUUAUGAUAUAAUAGA